GCAGCAGAUAUGCCAGAAGGAGUAAUAUCAGGGGACUUAGACUCAUGCUACGCAACGAUGCUAUUGAGAAUGGGAAGAAAUUUACCCAAAGCCAAAGCGGUUGCUAUAAACUCUUUCCAAGAUAUUCAUCUAAAACUCGUCGGCGAACUCAAGGACAGAUUUCAAAGCUUCCUCAACAUCGGACCAUUCAGUCUGAAAUGUCCACCCACAUGGACUUCCGACGAACACCGUUGCCUAGAAUGGCUGGACCAGCACGAAUACGCGUCAGUGGCUUAUAUUAGCUUCGGGAGGAUCGCAACACCUCCUCCACAUGAGCUUAUAGCCUUGGCUGAAGCACUGGAAGAAUGUAAAGUUCCAUUUCUAUGGUCCUUUAGAGGUAACGUAGACGAGAAGUUGCCAAAAGGAUUAAUCAAAAGGGUCGGAUCGAGAGGCAAAAUAGUUCCAUGGACGGUGCAAUUGCUCGUCCUGGCUCAUCCAUCGGUGGGGGUUUUUGUUACACAUGGUGGGUGGAAUUCUAUAUUGGAGAGCAUUAUUGCUGGUGUUCCUAUGAUUUGUAGACCAUUUUUUGGUGACCAGAAGAUUAAUAUGAGGACCUUAGAGAAGGUAUGGGGUUUUGGUAUUGGGCUCCAAGGAGGUGUGUUCACCAAGAAUGGAGCAAAAGAGGCAUUGGAAUUGACUUUGUUGAGGAAAGAAGGAUGGGAAAUGAGAGACAAAAUUAGAGGACUCAAAGAAAAUGCUUACCAGUCCGUAGGUGCUGAUGGUAGCUCCACAGAAGAUUUUAAUACUUUGAUAGAUAUAAUAACAAAAUAAUGUUUUAAUCUGCCA